AUGUCUGCUGUAACCGGAGAAUCCGUCGGUAUUGAUCUUGGAACCACGUACUCGUGCGUUGGUGUCUGGCAAAAUGACCGUGUCGAAAUCAUUGCCAACGACCAAGGUAACCGUACUACCCCUUCUUACGUUGCCUUCACCGAGACUGAACGUUUGAUUGGUGACGCCGCCAAGUCUCAAGCCGCCAUGAACGCCACCAACACUGUCUUUGACGCCAAGCGUUUGAUUGGACGCAAGUUUACUGAUCCUGGCGUUCAAGCUGACAUGAAGCACUGGCCAUUUGACGUUAUUUCUGGUCCAGGAGGAACACCCAUCAUUGAGGUUGAAUACAAGGGAGAAAGAAAGCAGUUCAAGGCUGAGGAAAUCUCUUCCAUGGUCCUCACCAAGAUGCGUGAUAUUGCCGAGGCCUACCUUGGAAAGGAAGUCAAGAACGCUGUUGUUACCGUGCCAGCUUAUUUCAAUGACUCUCAACGUCAAGCUACCAAGGAUGCUGGAGCCAUUUCUGGAUUGAACGUCCUUCGUAUCAUCAACGAGCCCACCGCCGCCGCUAUUGCCUACGGACUUGACCAAAAGGGUGAAGAAAAGAAUGUUCUUAUUUUCGAUCUUGGAGGAGGUACAUUCGAUGUCUCUCUUUUGACCAUUGAAGAGGGUAUCUUUGAGGUCAAGGCCACCGCCGGAGACACACACUUGGGAGGAGAAGAUUUCGAUAACCGCAUGGUCGACUACUUUUUGCAAGAUUUCAAGCGUCGCCACCGCAAGGAUAUGAGCGAAAACCAACGUUCUCUGCGUCGUCUUCGUACUGCUUGCGAACGUGCCAAGCGUACUCUUUCUUCUUCCACUCAAGCACACAUUGAGAUUGACUCUCUUUUCGAUGGUAUCGACUUUAACUCCACCAUUACCCGUGCUCGUUUCGAGGAUCUGUGUAUGGAUUACUUCAAGAAGUGCAUGGAGCCUUGCGAAAAGGUCCUUCGUGACGCCAAGAUUGCCAAGAACCAAGUUGACGAAGUCGUGCUCGUCGGUGGUUCUACCCGUAUCCCCAAGAUCCAAUCUCUCCUUACCGAAUUCUUCAACGGACAAGAGCCAUGCAAGUCCAUCAACCCCGAUGAGGCUGUUGCCUACGGAGCCACAGUCCAAGCUGCCAUUCUUUCUGGUGCUGACAAGUCCGAGAAGCUUUCCGAGCUUCUAUUGUUGGAUGUCACUCCUCUUUCCCUCGGUUUGGAAACUGCUGGAGGUGUCAUGACCACUCUUAUCAAGCGUAACACCACUGUUCCCGCCAAGAAGACACAAACUUUCUCCACUUAUGCUGAUAACCAGCCAGGUGUCUUGAUCCAAGUCUUUGAGGGAGAACGUUCCAUGACCAAGGAUAACAACCUUCUCGGAAAGUUCAACUUGGAUGGAAUCCCACCCAUGCCCCGUGGACAACCUCAAAUUGAUGUUUGCUUUGAUAUCGAUGCCAAUGGUAUCUUGAACGUUUCUGCCCUUGAAAAGUCCACUGGUAAGGAGAACAAGAUUACCAUUACCAACGAUAAGGGACGUCUUUCCCAAGACGAGAUUGAGCGCAUGGUCUCCGAAGCUGAGAAGUUCAAGGCAGAGGAUGACGCCAACCGUCACCGUAUCGAAGCCAAGAACGGCUUGGAGAACUACUGCUACUCUCUCAAGUCUUCCAUCAGCUCGGAGGAAGUUGCCGGAAAGAUCCCCGAAGACGAGAAGGCCCAUUUGGAUGCUACCAUUGAUGAUACCAUCAGCUGGUUGGAUGCCAACCCAGGUGCCGAGAAGGAAGAAUACGAAGAGAAGCAAAAGGCCUUGGAAGGUGUUGCCAUGCCCAUUCUUCAACAAAUGGCUGGCGGUGCCGGUGGUAUGCCCGGAGGUAUGCCAGGUGGCCCCAUGCCCGACAUGGGAGGACCUGCUCCUGGCGGUGACGCUGGAUAUGAUGAUCCAGCUGGAGGCCCUACCAUUGAGGAAAUUGAUUAA